CUUUUUUUGUUCUACUUUGCUUGGGUUUUUUGCCAUUUUUGGUAAUUGGAAAUGAAUGAAGGCAUUUGAGUAACUUUGCCAGUUACACACUUAGCAGGGUGUGUUCACUGAAGACUGCAUUUGUGCCGAGUCUGGAAUUUUACUAGGGUGUCUAUUUUUCUGAAUCAAUACCAAGGGAGCUAAAAAUAAUGGCCUACUCUAAACUGGGAGUGAGAACCCUUGUCCUAGAUAGGAUAAAGACCUGAAAUUCUUUGGCCAGAAGCCAACACUUCUUUUUGAAGGAAAUGGUUAAUUGGGCUGCACAUGGAUUUCUGAUGAACCAGAGUUAUAUGAGAAUUAAUCAGCUUGGCUCAGUCAGCCUCCAGAGCUGUGUUUUGUGUAAAGUCUUGGAAAUCAGGAAUUGUGUGGAGACUUCUUGGCCAGUUCUGAUUUACUGAAGCAGCUCAGAAGAGAUCCUGAAGUCAGCCUGCUGGUGCUUUUUUGGAAAGUAGAACUUUGGUGCAGUCAGACACAGAGUAACAGUGGGUGAGAAUUUGCUGAUGGUUUAAUUAUCUGGUCAUUGGUGACUUGGUUCAAAUAAUGCCUCUCUGAAAUGGAAAUGUUUUCAGCCAUGGCAGUUGUUGAAAAUUGAGUUCUGUAAAAUACCUUCAUAUGACAUAUUUGUGUUGGGUUAUGCCUGUGUGUGCUGCCUGACAUCUUCUGCAUUUUCUGCCACUUCAGAGCUGUUGAUACUCUCACUUUCUGAACUCCAGAAAGUGUUUCCAUCAUAUUUACUGUUUAAAAGUUUUACCUCCCAGUGUGACACAUUUCAAGUAGUAUGUCCUUGGCAAAGGAAAUCCCUUCCAGAAUUUUAAAUCAUUACUUCAAGCAGUGGGAAUAGGAACUUCUGCAGAAUCCUCAGAAGUAUUGAAUGACAGUGCUAAUAUGGCCUUGUUCAGCAACACUUCACCUUGGGUUUUAUUUCAGUUGUUCAUCAGGCUUAGGUUACAAGAUUCUUGAAAAGAAAACAGGGGUCCUUGUCUCCCUUGUGAAAGAAUUUGCUCCCUGUGACUUGUUUUGGGUGGUUGGUUUUUAUAGACCGAGAUUUUUGCUGGAUUUCUCAUGGCACACUUCUACUCAUCAAAGGGUAUUGCCUUACCAGGGAGUCAAUUUUCAAGUCUGCCAACUUUAAAGUUUUACUUAAGAUCCAAGCAGACAUUUCAAAGUGAUUUAAGGAUGCGAAAAAGUAUUCUCACUACAUUUGAAAGCUUCUGAAAUUUAAUCCUUUAAAUGUUUAAUUAGUUUGUUGCAGUUUUGCAUAUAUUGUAGAUUUUUAUACCAAAUGUUUCAUUUUGGCAUCAAAAGGGGCUGCUUACUGGCAAAAAAAGCAAAUCUGAUUUUAGGGGGGCUAUGCCUCCUAUUUAGUCUAGUUCUGUUUGGGCAUUGAAUGAGGAAUCCAAUACUUGCACCAUGCAUUAAUUAAAUACUCAGCAAGGAGCUAUUUCAGUCUCUGAAUAAAUGCUUUCUACUGGCUUCAUUUUAAUCAUUUUAAUCAGAUUAUGCCUAGAUGAUUUCUAGUACCAUUUUAAUUCCUGGUUAACAUGGGCAGCUUUUGCAUGCAAAGAGAACCUAAUUCAUCAGUGCUUUGUGGUUUGCUGUGUUGUGUCUGCACACCUCAGUCACUGUAGCUGACAACAGGCUCCAAAAUUCCACUUCACAGCUAACUCCUGGUGAUACUGAACUGCCACCCUAUGACACCUAGAGUUUGAUAGAAAUUUUCAUCUUUAAAUGGAAUGUCUGGUCUUUACUAACAUUGAUAGAACUGGUUUUUUACAAAUCUUUAUGCUUUCAAGCAAGGAUUUGGCACAGACAUCCUAUUUCAUGGCUACCAACAGCCUUCACCUUACCACAUUCUGUCUUCAGUACAAGCCCACAGUGAUAGCAUGUGUGUGCAUUCACUUGGCCUGCAAGUGGUCCAACUGGGAGAUUCCAGUAUCAACUGAUGGAAAACACUGGUGGGAAUAUGUAGAUCCCUCAGUUACUCUAGAACUACUAGAUGAGCUAACUCAUGAGUUUCUGCAAAUACUGGAGAAAACACCUAGCAGGCUCAAGAGAAUUAGAAAUUGGCGGGCUAAUCAGGCAGCUAAGAAACCUAAAGGUGAUGGACAGGUAUCUGAGAAUUCCCUUCUUGGUUCAUCCUUGGUCCAGAAUUCCAUUUUGGUGGAUACAGUUACUGGUGUAGCUGCAAACACAAGUUUCCAAAAACCAUCGACAUCGUUUCCUGCACCAGUACCUCUGACCUCAGGAAGUAUUUCUGUUCCAGACAGUCAUGCACCUGAAAAUUUGGCAAUAUUAGCUACAGGAAUGCCAGGUACCUCAUACAGUUUGGCAUCACACCAGGAAUGGCCUCAGCACCAAGAACAAGCAAGGACAGAACAAAUAUACUCUCAGAAGCAGGAGACACUGCCUGCUAGUCAGUACAACAUGAACUUCCAAGCAGGGACGUCCGUGCAGUUGCACU